GUGCAUCGCAUAUUAUUUUUAAUGUAAAGAUGGAGAGUGUGUAGUCUGCUACGUAGAUGACUAUUCUACUUUGAACAGUAUUUUUUACGUUCGUAGAUAAUUCUUCAGAAUCGUCUGACAGGGAUAGAAUAUAAGAGGGUAAGAAUCACGCGCAACAUCAUCUUCGAUAAGUUACAAUGACAAAGAACAGCUGUAAUUUAUUUUCGGCAAUUCUUACGGUCUUGCUGUCUGCUCGAACUUCAUCAAAAUAUACAAUGAUUGAAAUAAAUUCUAGAAUCCCAGAUUCGCAAGACAUAUCCACUCCUUUUGAUGUACCACUGUCUGGAGUAUAUACACGAAGUUAUGCUUAUGUAUCACUCAAAGACAGAAUGCCAGUGAUUUUGACAAAAAUCAUUGAUACAAUUUGUCAAAAAAAAAACGAAAUUGUACAUGCUUAUGGCCAGGAUGCGGCAAAUGAUAUCAAAGAUAUCAUAAGAUUUAUAGGUCAACUAAAAAAUGAAAUAGUUACUAAUAAGACUUUAAAACCCAUGCGUUUAAAUACCAAAGCAAUUAAUAAUGAUGCAGAGGAAUGGAAUACAUAUUUGGAAAACAAGACACAUACAGAAGGUGAAACACCUACAUGGUUCAAUACGACAUGGUUAUACUGUGAAACGUAUAUGUACCGUGUAUUAGCUCAAGAAAUUGGUUUAACGAGUAGCAUGCAAAGUUACGACCCAUUUGAAUACAUAAAACAAGCUGCUUUUAUUAACUCCAUUGAUUCUAUGAAUAUUCUUGCCUCAUAUGUAAGUGACAUAGUAUGUAAUAAGGAAUACAAUGAGGAAAGCUCGAAGAAUGAUUUUUCGAAAUUAUUGAAAUUGAGCUUAUGGGGUAACAGAUAUGAUCUAUCUGCAAGUGCAGGAUCUCUUCAAAAACAUACUGAUAAUCCAUUGAAUAUAAUAGAUUUUUUGGAUGAAAAUAUAUUAAUAAACAAUUGGGAACUUGCAUGGAAUAUUGUAAAAAAAAAAACAGAUGAAAGUCUUGAUAAUAUUCAUAUAGUGCUUGAUAAUGCAGGAUAUGAACUCUUCAGUGACUUGUGUUUAGCAGCAUUUUUUAUUACUAUUGCACCUGCAACUAAGAUAAUAUUUCAUGUAAAAGCAUAUCCGUGGUACGUGAGUGACACAACGAUUCAAGAUUUCCACUGGACAUUAGAUCACUUGAAUAGUCUCGAUCAUUAUCCAAAUAUGAAACUACUGGGUAAAAUGUUCAGGAAUCUUUUGGAUCGUGAAAUUUGGUGUAUUAAGAAGGAGCCCUAUUGGACAGGACCGAACGAUUUUAGACAAAUGAAAGAAAAAGACAAAAAGUUAUAUGCUCUAUUUUCUAAUUCUAAAUUAAUAAUAUUUAAGGGUGACUUAAAUUAUAGAAAACUCUUAAGUGACAUCAACUUUGAAUAUAACAUAAGUUUUGCAACUGCAUUGGGAGAUUUCCGACCCACAAAUAUUUUGAGCUUACGUACUAUAAAAUCUGACAUUUGUGUUGGAUUAUCACAAGGUAUGGCUGAAUCGUUAUUCGAAAAAGAUAAAAAUUGGAUGAUAACUGGAGAAUAUGGUCUUAUUCAAAUCGCUAGUUUAGAAGUUCCUGAAGAAUCUUAGAUCUUUUUUUUUUUUUUUAAUGGAAAUAUAAUAAAAUUCGAAU